AAAGGGAAAAGUUCUAAAUUCUGCGCAUGCGCUCCCCGGGAUUAAUGUCGAGGCACAAAAGUGGCGCUGCACCGUCGCGAGCUCUCCUCCGGUGGUUGCCAUAGCGAUGGAAGGGGAGUCAGAACCCAACCCCGCCGCGGCGGAAGAGGCAGCAGGGGAGCGGGUGGAGCCCAUGGAUGCCACUCCCUCCCCCGAGCGACCGGCCGCAGCCCCCUCGAGGGAGGCGGUUUCCAUGGCAACAAAACAAGAAGGGGAAGAAGUCGUUGACGAGGCCCCGAAGGAGGUCGGCGGGGAGGACGAUGACGACGACGUGGUUCUCCUGGGGGAGGAGGAGGAUCCCCAGCCUUCUGCCGCGACCCCCACCAGAGACGCGCCCGCCCCGGACCGCCUGGAGCCGGCCGAGACGGCAGAAGUUUCCACGCCGGGUUCUCCCAUCUCCUUCAGCCUGUCGUCCCCCGCGCCGCCGCCGCCCACCGCAGAGGCGGAGCCCAUCGUCAUUGACGACGAGGAGGAGGACAGCGAGCAGAGGAGCGCGCCGGCCUCCCCACCGCCGCGCCCAGGGGGCGCCUUCGAGUCGCGCUCGCCGGGCGCGCUCAGCAGCCCCGAGGCCGAGUCGGAGAUCAGGAUCGCCAGCGUCACCACGCUGGGGGCCGGUGGUCGGGGGCACGCCGCCGCCGAGUCCACGCCGGCACAGUUGAGGGACGCGCAGGACGACAUGGCGCUGGUCAUCACCUCGGUGACCUCGCUGCAGGGCGCAGCCGCGCAGGGCGAGGGCCACGUGGAGGAGAACGGCCUGCAGAUCGCCAGCUCCUUCAGCCUGAACCCCGACGCCCCGUCGGGCCGACCCCCCGCCUCCUUCAACCCCGGGAGGGGCUCCGGGCCCGAUGGCCAGCUGGUGCAGAACGGAGACGCGGGGGAGCACAACAGGACAGACUCGUGGAUCUCCCAGUCGGCCUCGGUCCCCCGCAGCCAGAAACAGGCGGGGGUCGACGCUCUGCCGGCGGCCUCCUCCCUGCCCAAAGCGCCCGGCCAGACUUCAUCGCAGCCCCGGACGGUCAAGGUGACCUGCGCCAACUGCAAGAAGCCGCUGAAGAAAGGCCAGACGGCCUACCAGCGCAAAGGCUCCACCCACCUGUUCUGCUCCACCACCUGCCUCUCCGCCUUCUCCCACAAGCCCGCCCCCAAGAAGAGCUGCACCAUGUGCAAAAAGGACAUCACCAACAUGAAGGGCACCAUCGUGGCCCAGGUGGACUCCAGCGAGUCCUUCCAGGAGUUCUGCAGCACGGGCUGCCUCGGCGCCUACGAGAGCAAGCAGAACCCCCCCAAAUCCAUCCUCAAGACCAAAUGCACCGUCUGCGGGAAGCUCACUGAGAUCCGGCACGAGGUCAGCUUCAAGACCGUGACCCACAAGAUCUGCAGCGACACGUGCUUCAACGUGUACCGCCGGGCCAACGGGCUCAUCAUGAACUGCUGCGAGCAGUGCGGCGACUACCUGCCCAGCCGCGCCUCGGCCAACCACUUCCUGCUGGUGGACGGCCAGCAGAAGCGCUUCUGCUGCCAGAACUGCAUCCGGGACUUCAAGCAGGCUCACAGUAAACUGGCCACGUGCCUCACUUGCAAAACGCUGAUCAAGACGGGCGAGGUUCUGCACAGCAUCGGGGCGGGCGGCACCAUGGGCUCCUUCUGCUCCGUCAGCUGCAUGAACAAGGGCAAGCUGGCCUCCACCUCCUUCAUCAACACUGAGCCGUCGUGUCACUUCUGCAAGAAGAACUCGUUACCGCAGUACCAGGCCACGCUGCCAGAGGGGAACAUCCUCAACUUCUGCAGCUCUCCGUGUGUCACCAAGUUCCAGAAUGCCGCUCUUCUAACGACCACCAACGGAGAGACGGCGCUCUCCACCACGAACAACACGACCAGCGUCACGCUGAAGUGCAACUACUGCCGAGGAGCCUUCAGCCUGAAGCCCGAGACCCUGGAGUGGCAGGACAAGGUGCACCAGUUCUGCAGCAAGACGUGCUGCGAGGACUACAAGAAGCUGCACUGCAUCGUCACCUCCUGCGAGUACUGCCAGGAGGAGAAGACGCUGCACGAGAUGGUGAAGUUCUCCGGAGUCAAGAGGCCUUUCUGCAGCGAAGGCUGCAAGCUGCUCUUCAAGCAGGACUUCAUAAAGCGCCUGGGUCUGAAGUGCGUCAGCUGCAACCACUGCAGCCAGCUGUGCAAGAGGGGCGUGACCCGGCAGCUGGGCGGCAUGACGCGGGACUUCUGCGGCGAGGCCUGCGCCAAGAAGUUCAACGACUGGUACUUCAAGGCGGCGCGCUGCGACUGCUGCAAGGUUCAGGGGAGCCUGACGGAGUCGGUGAUGUGGAGGUCUGAGAUGAAGCACUUCUGCGACCAGGAGUGUUUGCUGAAGUUCUACUGCCAGCAGAACGAGCCCAUCAUGGUCACGCAGAGGGGCCCCGAGAACGCCACCCUGGGUUAUGAAAUGCAAACCAAACUUGGGCUGGUGAGCCAGGGCACGGCGGCGUACGGCGGUCCGAUGCGGGACGUGAAGAACAAGGCGGUCCUCUGCAAGCCGCUCACGCUGACCAAGGCCACGUACUGCAAGCCCCACAUGCAGAGCAAGCUUCUGCAGACCGACGUAGACGACGGUGUGAAGAGGGAGUACAUUCCUGUCCCCAUCCCCGUCCCCGUCUUCAUCCCCGUGCCCAUGAACAUGUACUCUCAGCUGGCUCCCGCUGCGCUCUCUCUGCCCGUUCCGGUGCCCGUCCCGGUGUUCCUGCCCACCACCCUGCAGGGGGCGGAGCAGAUCGUCCAGACCAUCAGGGAGCUGAAGAACGAGGUGUCCUCCGACCUGCCCUCCACGGCGGAGAUGACCGCGGAGGACCAGAAGCCAGACGAGAAGCUCGUGGAGGCCUCCAGCAGCUGCUCUGAGGAAGAGGAGAAGGAGGAGAAGCAGCAGCAGCAGGAGGAGGAGAAGGAGGAGAAGCAGCAGGAGGAGGAGGAGAAGGAGGAGGCGAAGCAGCAGCAGCAGCAGGAGGAGGAGGAGAAGCAGCAGCAGCAGGAGGAGGAGGAGAAGCAGCAGCAGCAGCAGCAGCAGGAGGAGGAGGAGGAGGUAGAAGAAGUGAAGCAGGACGAGUCUGACAAGAAGAAGGAAGAAAAGUUGGAGGAAGAGGUGGAGAAGACGGAGGGCGAGGAGGACGACGACGACCUGUAUGAGCCUGACCUGGACCUGGAGGCAGACUUCCCUCAAGGUAAAGGCUGCUCAGCCUCAGACCCCGUCCCGGUCCUUGAAGCAGUGGACGAGGACCUGGGCUGCUCUCUUCCUGCCAUCCUGGCUGAGGAGGAGAAGGAAGAGAAGGAGGAGAAGGAGGAGAAGGAGGAGUCGGCGACUCCACCGCACCCCGAGAGACGAGGCAACAAGAGGCGGGCGCUGGAGGAGGCCUCGGAUGGAGGGGCUUCCCGUCCCAAGGAGAGGCGCCCGGGAGGUCGCUCGCUACCUCUCAAAGCUCGCUACGGGGUCAACGCCUGGAAGCGCUGGGCGCUGUCCCCCUCCGACCCAUCGGAGGACACCGACGCAAAGGACGGCUCCAGACCCGCUCGGGCGAGGAGCAACCUGCUGCUGCUGAGCUCGGAGGAGCUGAACGCCGCUCUGUCGCGGUUCGUCGGGGAGGUGUGCCGACCCAGCGGGGAGCGCUACUCUGCAGACAGCAUCCUCUACCUCGUUCUGGGCAUCCAGCAGCACCUUCACACCAAAGGCCGGACGGAUGACCUGUUUGGGGACCCGAGCUACUGGCGGUUCGGGGAAGAGCUCAACAAGGUUCUGAAGGACUGGCAGCCCAGCGUGCUCCCUGAUGGCUCCCUGUGGGGCCGGGUGGAGGAGCGCUGCCUGUGGAGCAGCGGGCAGCUCGGGGAGCAGAGUCCGGCUGCCCUGCUGCGCUCGCUGGUCUACCUGAACACCAAACACCUGGGCCUGCGCACCGUGGAGCAGCACCUCCGCCUCUCCUUCGCCAACGUGUACGGCCCCGACGCCAUCCACCCCGUCGCCGCGGAGACGGCAGCCUGCGUCCUCGCGCCCGCCAUCUCUCAGGAUCACCACGGGCAAACUGAGUCGAGGAAGAGGAAGCGCACGUUGGAGGACGGCGAUCAGGACGACGACUCGGGGGGCUCGGCGGCCCGAAGCCCGGUGGAGAAGCGCGAGUGUCGCCUGUACGACCUUUACAGAUCCAAGUGCCCGGCGUCGCUGCGCGAGCGUCUGGACGUCUUCUACGUUCAGCCGGAUCCCGACCGCCGCCCCGACGACCCGCUGUGGUUCAGCUCCACGCCGCUGGAGCGGCGCUUCCUGGAGGGCCUCCUCGCCAGAGUCCUCCUGGUCAGGGACGUUUACACGGACAGGCGGCGCCUGGAGGAGGGGGAGGGGGACGGGGGGGAGUAGCGGCUAGCGAGCCCAGAACUGUUUGACGUUCCUCUUCGAUCCGGUGUCUCCUCCUGGUGAGGAGCGUCCACAACGAGGAGGGAAGCGCAGCCCGAACUUUAAACAAGACGAGGAGUGUUUGAAGUACUUUUAACUCAAAAUCACGCUUUAAAAAGGGUCAUCGGGGGUGAAAGGGCUCCUUGAUCUCUGGACAGAAGGGGGGGGGGCGUUUAAACACUAAUUAUAUAAGCUCCGCCUCCUCCCUGCAGUCACGGUUACUACACUCCUCCCAACGCUCCUCCUCCGUCAGUCUCUCAGGCUACAGGAAACCCAGCGAAGGACUUCAGGCCGGGGGGGGGGGGGGCUCUGAGUCUCCUUUCAGGACUUCAUGCCAUGUAGCGUCCUGUGACACAGUUUCUGAAGUGUAAAUAUCCCCCGAGUCAAUCCCCCCCCCCCGGAGCCUUUUUAAGAAGAAUAAAGACUGCUUAUUUAUUUCCUUGGUUUCACGUCGGAGCCUCGUCCCGUUUGCUCCUUCCUGCUUUUGUCGCUGCGUCUCCUUUUGUUUAAACACCUCCUCCUGGAGCUCACAGUGUGUAAAUGGGUUUAUUUUCCCUUUUUAUGAUUUCCUUUUUUACUUUCUGCUUUAUUAAAAGAUUUUAUUUAUGUGGUUAAAGGUCCCCUUUCUGCAUUUUAAGAUUUACUUCUAAAUGUUUCAAUAAAUGUGGAGAUUUUGUCAUCAACUUUAUCGAUUUGAAGGAUUGUUUGAGGUUUUCUUCUUUGGGAGAAGCUUUGAGAUGUAAAGCUAAAAUCCUCAUCAGAAGCACAAACAUGUAACUUCAUGAAUUACAGACC